GUGGUUUGUCUGUACAGCAGCAAAGAACGCUCUAACAGACCACUGCUACACAAGCAGGAACCCAACCUAAUCAACAACACACAUUUGAGACGAUGCUGAGAGUUGUGGGACAUCUGUUGUGUCUCCUUAUAUGCUGUCGGGGAGCUGAUGGCUUGACAGAGACACUGGUGGAACUUGGACAGAAUACAACCAUAAACUGUUCUCUUAACAUAGAAAGUGCAUACUGGUACAUUCAGCACCAACCACAGCCUCCACUGGCCAUACUCCACUCUUUCACUAGUAGGAGUCCUGCUGCUUUUUAUUACAAUAAGAAUUAUAGACAGAAAUAUUCAUUAGAAACAGGACAUAGAUUGUUAAUACAGAAUGUAACAGUAGAUGAUUGUGGCGUGUUCUACUGUGCAAAAAAAGAAGAGGGUAGAUUGAUAUUCAGCAAUGGUACCAGACUCAUGACCGCUGAUGUUUAUGCUGACUAUCCCAAUCAGACAAACCAGACAUCCAGCUAUCCAAACCAGACCUCCAGCUAUCCAAACCAGACCUCCAGCUAUCCAAACCAGACCUCCAGCUAUCCAAACCAGACUUCCAGCUAUCCAAACCAGACAUCCAGCUAUCCAAACCAGACAUCCAGCUAUCCAAACCAGACUUCCAGCUACAGGUCAUCAUGGGAGAACUGUCUUCUGUUCAUUUACAGUGUUCUGAAUGUUAUUAUGAUGGUUAUGAUCCUGGUGCUAAUCUUGACCUUGCCAUGUCAGAACAGGAACUCUCCUUCAAAACUAACAUCAAGACGCCAAAUAGACCAGAGGUGCUGGUUGCCGGUUUGUGUGAUCCUGUUGAUUGGACCCCAAGUCUCUUCGCAGGUCAAAGUUGAAGGCUUCAAGGGAGAUAAUGUUAUCUUGCCUUGCACAUACAUUGAGAAGAAGGAGCAUAAAAAUGUCAACAUUUUCUGGCAAACCGCAGAUGAUGCGACUGUCUACAGUAUUGUUGAUGGAAAAGCAGAUUUGGCCAAGCAAUGCUCUCAGUUCAUCAACAGAACCAGUAUGUUCUCUGAUGAGUGGACAAAUGGCAACUUCUCUCUCCUACUGAUUGAUCUCAAUAGCACAGAUAGUGGGAGUUAUUCAUGUUUCAUACUAACAGAGGACAUUCAUCGUCAAGUGGAACUUUCUGUUCAAGAGAAACCAACUCCUGAGCCUAAACCAACAAAUAGCAGCGUGAGCCUCAGAGGACAGAACCUCAGCCCCUUCCUGUUUCUCCUCCUCAGUCAAAUGCUCUACCUUCUUUGACUCACAGCAUAGAAAUUGAUCAUUGUGCCAUUUUAUGUGGCUUUGUUUUGCAGCUUCUCUGUGUUCCACUGUCUGAAAUAUCUUUUCUCGCUCUAUGUAUGAAACUGAAAAUAUAGGCUACCACUUGCUAGAACUCUUUAUAGAUGUGAUGAGUAAAUGCAUAACGCUUUUUUAAAUAUGGGUAAUCUGUGAAAUCAAUAUAGGAAAUACAUUUGAAAUAGGGUUGAAAUAAGAUUGUAGUGUGUCACUCCUAUCAAUAAAGCUUCAAUUACAAGGCUAUUAAA